UAUACGCGUAAUACGCGUUUGAACGUGCAUUGCACCAACUCCAUUCCAAAGCUACUAAAGCUUUAAUACAAAUUUAUGGCAAUUUAACAACUCAUCAUAAUCUCCAUUCACUUGAAUUUCAGCUCUAAUCAUUCUCUUUCCUUUUAUUACUAUUAUUAUUGUCUUCACGUUCCAUUUACAUACAAAAACAACACAGAAGGGAAGAAAAACAAAAACUGAAUGGUGGUGGGAAAUAUGUCUGAAGGAGGAACAACCAUAGAAUACACCCCGACAUGGGUGGUGGCUGUUGUCUGCUCUGUCAUUGUCUUCAUUUCCCUUGUUGCUGAAAGAAUCCUCCAUUUCUUUGGCAAGUAUUUGAAGAAAAAGAAUCAGAAACCUCUCUUUGAGGCCUUGCAGAAGAUCAAAGAAGAGUUGAUGUUGCUGGGAUUCAUAUCGUUGCUACUAACAGUGUUUCAAGACAGGAUUGCCAAAAUCUGUAUAUCAAAGGAUUUGGCUCAUCAAUGGUUGCCUUGUAAGGAAAAGAAAGAAGUAACCAUAGAACACUUUCAGACCCUUUUCUCCUCUUUUCUUCCCAAUGGUAAUGGCCGUCGUCUUCUCGCUGAGCCUGCCGAUUCCACUGCCUACUGUACUACUAAGGGGAAAGUUCCAUUGUUAUCCACUACGGCAUUGCAUCAUCUACAUAUAUUCAUCUUCGUGCUAGCUGUUGUACAUGUGACUUUCAGUGCUCUAACCAUUGUUUUUGGGAGCACAAAGAUCCAUCAAUGGAAAAAUUGGGAAGAUUAUGCUAAGGAUAUGGAAGAUGAUCCUGAGGGAGUUGUGAAAACAAAGAUCACUCAGGUCCAAGAACAUGAUUUUAUCAAGGGUCGGUUCUUGGGUAUUGGAAAGAAUUCUGAGAUCCAGGGAUGGGUGUAUUCUUUUUUCAAGCAAUUUUAUGGAUCUGUGACCAAGUCAGAUUAUAUCACAUUAAGACUAGGCUUCAUCAUGACUCAUUGCAGGGGAAAUCCAAAGUUUAACUUUCACAACUACAUGAUGCGUGCUCUCGAAGCCGAUUUUAAGAAAGUUGUUGGGAUAAGUUGGUAUCUUUGGGCAUUUGUAGCCAUUUUCCUCUUGCUGAAUUUUGUUGGUUGGCACACGUAUUUUUGGAUAGCAUUCAUUCCCUUCAUUCUUUUACUUGCUGUUGGCACCAAGUUGGAACAUAUAAUCACACAAUUAGCUCAAGAGGUAGCUGAGAGACACAUGGUGGUAACAGGUGAAUUGGUGGUUCAACCUUCAGAUAACCAUUUCUGGUUCAACAGGCCGCGCCUUGUCCUCCGCCUCAUUCACAUCAUCCUCUUCCAAAAUUCAUUCGAAAUGGCCUUCUUCGCCUGGAUAUGGGUGCAGUAUGGUUUCAACUCAUGCAUGAUGGGGCAAGUUCGUUUUAUUAUACCCAGACUAGUUAUUGGGGUUUUUGUUCAGUUCGUCUGCAGUUAUAGUACCCUGCCACUAUAUGCAUUUGUCACACAGAUGGGAAGUUCGUACAAGAAGGCGAUAUUUGAGGAACAUAUUCAGGAAGGGCUGGUUGGAUGGGCUCGGAAGGCAAGAAAGAAGAAUAAGGGCAGUGGUUUGAAAAGGCCGUCGAAUGAAAGUAGCCAAGUUGGUCCAAAAGAGGAGUCACCAUUGGUAUUUGAGAUGGAUAAGGUUAAUGGAAAGGAGUCUUCUUCAUCUGCGGUAUGAGUAUAUAACUACGGAUAUUUGAGUCUAAAUAAAUGUGUAGAUUUGGUGUUGGGCAAUACUAACGUUAUUAGUCUCAAGCAUUUAGAUAGAGGGGGGUUUUUUUUUUGUUUCCAUAAUGGUACAAAGAAUACAUUAGCCUAUACAUUGAAUUCAAUCACUUAUUCUUAGGCUCUGUUAUCCAUUGAUAUUGAAAAAUGCUUCAAAUUCAAUUCCAACAA